GCAACCAGAGUCACUGUGUAACACCGACACAAAGGGAGAGAGAGCAGACUGACAGUGAGAGUGACACGCUUGUUUUGGAUAUUAUACACCACCACACACUCUCUGCGCUCUAGCAUGACUUCUGCAGCACCUCUGGAUUAACUGCGCAAGUUCGCUGGCACUACGCGAAAAUGGAGAGGAGCAUCCCGGGAUGGUGUGUGCUGUUUGCCCUCGUCCUGCGCGGCUGCAUGGCGGCGAAGGAGCUCCAGUGCCAGGAGAUCUCCGUGCCUCUUUGCAAAGGAAUCGGCUACAACAACACCUACAUGCCCAACCAGUUCAACCACGACACGCAGGACGAAGCCGGGCUGGAGGUGCACCAGUUUUGGCCGCUGGUGGAGAUAAAGUGUUCCCCGGACCUGCGCUUCUUCCUCUGCAGCAUGUACACACCGAUCUGCCUGGAGGACUACAAGAAGCCUCUGCCGCCGUGUAGGAGCGUGUGUGAGCGGGCUAAAGCCGGCUGCGCUCCCCUCAUGAGGCAGUACGGGUUCCCGUGGCCGGACCGGAUGAGGUGCGACCUGCUACCCGAGCAAGGCAACCAGGACAUGCUGUGCAUGGACUACAACCGGAGCCAGACCACCACAGCUUCCCCUGUUGUGGCAAAACCCACUAACAGACCCGUGAAGCCGUACAACCCGAGGAAGAAGAGCAGCUACGGGCGCGGGAUCCCCGGGAAACACAAACCAGCCGCGUCCCCGUGCGAGCCUGGGUGCUUCUGCCGCGCGCCCAUGGUGACAGUGACCGGUGACAGCCACCCGCUGCAGAACCGCGUCAAGACGGGACAGAUCCUGAACUGCGCCAUGCCGUGCCACAACCCCUACUUCACCCAGGAAGAGAGGACGUUCACCGCCUUCUGGAUCGGACUGUGGUCCGUGCUGUGUUUCAUCUCCACUUUCGCAACCGUGGCGACCUUUCUAAUCGACAUGGAGAGGUUUAAAUACCCAGAGCGACCCAUCAUCUUCCUCUCCGCCUGCUACAUGUUUGUGUCCAUCGGAUACAUUGUGAGGCUGAUCGCUGGACAUGAGGAAGUGGCGUGCAACAGGGAGAGUGGCGCUGAACACAUCCACUAUGAGACCACCGGUCCGGCACUCUGCACCAUCGUCUUCCUGCUGAUCUACUUCUUCGGCAUGGCCAGCUCGAUCUGGUGGGUGAUUCUGUCCCUCACUUGGUUCCUGGCUGCUGGUAUGAAGUGGGGGAACGAGGCCAUCGCCAGUUACGCACAGUACUUCCAUUUGGCCGCCUGGCUCAUCCCCAGCCUCAAAUCCAUCGCAGUACUUGCUUUAAGCUCAGUGGACGGAGACUCUGUGGCUGGGAUUUGCUACGUGGGCAACCAGAAUUUGGAUAACCUGCGAGGUUUCGUGUUGGCACCCCUGGUGAUCUACUUGUUCAUCGGCACCAUGUUUCUGCUGGCCGGGUUCGUCUCGCUGUUCCGGAUCAGGAGUGUAAUCAAACAGGGGGGCACCAAGACUGACAAACUGGAGAGGCUCAUGAUCCGGAUAGGAGUUUUCACAGUUUUAUACACAGUCCCUGCCACUGUAAUAGUGGCGUGUUACUUUUACGAGCAGCACAACAGACAGACUUGGGAAAUUACGCACAACUGUACGUGCAUGACAGACCCCAGCAGGCAGAGGCCGGACUAUGCUGUGUUCAUGUUGAAAUACUUUAUGUGCCUCCUGGUGGGCAUCACAUCUGGGGCCUGGAUCUGGUCCGGGAAAACCUUGGACUCCUGGAGGACUUUUUGCACGCGGUGCUGCUGGGGGAGUAAAGCCUCCGCGGGCUCCAUGUACAGUGACGUGAGCACGGGACUAACCUGGAGAUCGGGGACAGCCAGCUCAGUGUCCUGCCCCAAACAGAUGCCACUGUCCCGGGUUUGAACAAAGAGGGAAGGGGGGGGUUUAUCGGCUCAAAUGCAUCUUAUGUCAUUUGACACUAAAGACUUAAAACCAGCGCUCUUUGUAUGGGGACUUAUUAUAAAUGUUUUGGUAAAUUAUUCAAAGUGUCCCCAAACUGCCACGAGCACUCCUCUAAUGUGAACUUUUUUUAAAUGUGUGGUCAAUUAAGCUCUAUGAAAGUUCAGCUUGGACUUUUACUUAAGGAAAGGGCUCCUUCCUUCCUUGCCUUAUCCAAAUGACGUCCAUGUGUUUGAAUAGAGGGUAUUGGGUAUAGAGGAGGGAGGGGGGUGACUAAUUGUAUGGGGAUUGUCCAUCAGCGUGUUGUAAUUAGCACAUUAAUGAGCGCCUAAUGGCUUCUCUUUAAAUAAUGAGACUGUCAGCAGCAGAACAAUGUACCUGGCACGAAGAAUGCAGAGUCUUAUCUGGGCUUAAUUGAAUGCGCACAGCUGACAAGAUCCCCCUUGUCGAUAGGUGACAUGGUGUAGCUGAGGCUCUACUUCUUCUUACUGUAAAGAACCGCUGUGUCUUAAACAUAAGAGCCACAAUGGGACUGCUCUGCUGGAAAUUAGGCUUUUUGUCUGCAAGAGAUGGAUUCUACACGUACAUUAAUCAAUGCCUUAAUACUGUCUCAUAUACGGGUUGCAUCAGCGCGUAAAAAAGUGUAUUUAUAUAAUUAUUGGUGUACAUAUAUUGUACAUUUGUAUAUGAAAUUUUACGAGAUUGUAAAUAUGUAUAAUUUCCACUUUGAUAGAAAAUUCUAUUUUGAGAA